UUUUGCGGCAUGCGGAAGCAAGAUUUUGGUCGCUGCAAUAACGAUUGAGACUAUAAAACGGUUAGCAUUUACAAGUGGCUCAAUGCGCAAACGGGAAACUCACCUGGAAGUCUGAAGCCCCUUCCCUUUGUACGUUUCUAUUUCUCGUCUGCCCGUUCCCUCUUGUAUCUUCACACUCUCCCUCCCUACUCUCCUCUUUCUCUCUGUCUUGUUCUCUGUGUGAAUCCCUAAGAUUAGCGUCAUGGUCGACGUUCAUCGGGCUCUCGGCGGUGGUUCAGUUGCCGAUGUGCUGUUGUGGAAGAAAUGUCAUGGAGGGGUUGUGGUGCUAAUCUCUGCCACAAUAUUCUGGUGCCUCUUUGAAUUAGCUGGCUAUAACCUUCUAUCAUUCGUGGCAAAUGUUCUUUUGCUUCUGGUUGUCAUUCUCUUUUUUUGGGGAAAAUCUGCUUCUCUUCUCAACAGGCCUCUGCCUCCCCUUCCUGAUAUGGAGAUUUCUGAGGAAUCUGUUGUGAAGGCUUCUGAAGCACUCCAAGUGUGGAUCAAUCCUGCGUUGUCAAUUGCACAUGACAUUGCGCACGGGCGGAACUUAAAACUUUUUCUUCAGGUUGCUAUUGGCUUGUGGAUAGUAUCUUUUAUUGGUAGUCUCUUCAACUUCCUCACUCUGGUCUAUAUUGGGGUUCUUCUUAGUCUUUCAGUUCCUUUGGCGUAUGACAAGUACCAGGACAGCAUUAAUCCAAAGCUGUUGAGGAUGCAUGAAAUCUUGCAGAAGCCAUAUAGGAAAAUUAAUGAUAAUCUUCUAAAAAAGAUUCCAAUUUUAAACAAGGAAAAAAAGAUAGACUAGGAUAUCGAGGAGUUCAGCAAAGAUUCAUUAGGAGCGUAGAAAUGGGUUUUGCAGGGAUCCUGUCAAUUCGUAGCAAGUGCUGGCAUGAUUCAAAAUCUUCUAACUUCUAGUUAUCAUAACAAUCAACCAGGAACAAGGGUGACACCAAUAGAUUUGGUAGUGUUCAAAACAAAAUUUUUCCAUAGUUGAUCAUUUUUGGAGUACGG